AUGGCUUGUAGAACAGCAUUCCGACCAAUAGCCCGCUCGAGUACCAUCCGCCAAGCGAAUCCGAGUACCGGUACAUCUUCAACACAUACAUCGUCCGCGGGCACCUCUGCCUCUGCCUCGCAUAAUGAAGAUGGACGCACCACACAUUUUGGAUUUGAGACGGUGCCGGAGGCGGAGAAGGAAGCCAGAGUUGCGGGCGUCUUUAGUAAUGUGGCUGCCUCGUAUGAUGCUAUGAAUGAUUUUAUGUCGUUGGGGAUUCAUAGGUUGUGGAAAGACCACUUCGUCCGCUCCAUCAACCCCGGUUUUGCACCCCCCUCCUCUCCCUCCCCAUCCACCCCAACCCCCGGCUGGAAAAUGCUCGACAUAGCCGGCGGCACCGGCGACAUCGCCUUCCGACUCCUCGACCACGCCACCCAAAUAAACCACUCCCCCUCCAGCAGCAUAACCAUCUCCGACAUCAACCCCUCCAUGCUCUCCGAAGGACGCAAGCGUUCCCUCUCCACCCCCUACGCCCACUCCCCCCGCCUCUCCUUCCUUCUCGCCAACGCCGAAACCCUCCCCAUGAUCCCCUCCAACUCCCUCGACCUCUACACCGUCGCCUUCGGCAUUCGCAACUUCACCGACAAGUCCGCCGCCCUGCGGGAAGCGCACCGCGUGCUAAAACCCGGUGGUUUAUUCGCAUGUUUGGAAUUUUCCGGUGUGACGAAUCCGCUGUUUAAUGCGAUAUAUAAGCGCUGGAGCUUCGGCGCCAUCCCAUUGAUAGGACAGUUGGUGGCGGGCGAUCGAGAGAGUUAUCAGUAUUUGGUGGAGAGUAUUGAGAAGUUUCCGAGGCAGGAGGAGUUUCGGGAUAUGAUCAAGGAAGCGGGGUUUGUGGUGCCUGGGAAGGGGUGGGAGGAUUUGACGGGCGGAAUUGCGGCCAUUCAUAAGGGGGUCAAACCUUUGGAAAAGUAG